CCAGAUUCUAGCGGUUUUAGGAUUUCUGUUUUGUCGUUGGCAAAUGUGCCAAGCAAACAUUUUUCUGCAAUGGGCUCAGCAUGAGCGGAAGAUGAGGCAGCAGGCCAUGCAGAAGGUUUCUUUUCACGCAAGGCGGAUGAAACGGCUCCGCAUGAGGCGACGUGCGUCCAACUUCACGGUAGUGAUGAUCAUGUCCGCCUUAUACAGACGUCAGCAAAGGACCAUAUGGGUUCAACCGCGUCCAUCAACUUGGUGGGCAGCCGUUAGCAGCUCCUGGGAUAAAGUGGAUUGGAAAGAAAACUUCAGGAUGACAAAGACCUCCUUUCUGCAUCUUUGUGACAUCCUCCGACCAUGUUUGACACGACAGCACACUAACUUUCGUAGUCCACUUUCUGUUGAGCUGCGGGUUGCAAUAUGUCUGUGGAGGCUUGCAACAAAUCUGGAGUAUCGCGCCAUCUCCCGCCUAUUUGGCAUUGGCACUUCUACAGCCUGUUGUGUUACACAACAGGUUGUUACUGCUAUUAACGUGGUAAUGAAACCUCUCUAUAUAAAAGCCCCUUCUGAGGCAGAGCUUAAGGUAAUUGUCCAGGGCUUCAGGGAUCGAUGGGCGUUACCCCAGGUCGCAGGUGCAAUUGAUGGGACUCAUAUAAGCAUUAUGGCACCAGAUGAGAAUCCUGUUGACUAUUACAACAGGAAAAAUGUGUACUCUGUUAUUCUGCAAGGUGUGGUAGAUAACAAAAUGAAAUUUUGGGAUGUUAAUGUGGGCUGUCCAGGAAAAGUUAGUGAUGCACGGGUUUUAGUCAACUCUUCCUUGUAUAGUAGAGGUGAAAAUGGGACACUGUUCCCAGGUUGGAUAGAAAGACUGAACAAUGUGGACAUACCCCUACACAUUCUCGGAGACGCUGCAUACCCACUACUGCCUUGGCUGGUGAAACCAUUUCCAGAGGGGAACGGUUUAACACAACCACAGGUAAACUUCAACUACAGACUCAGUCAGGCUAGAAUGACUGUCGGAAGGGCGUUUGGACGACUGAGGGGCCGCUGGAGGUGCCUUCUCAAGAGGUGUGAUGCCCACAUUUCCUUUGUUAGCCACAUAAUAUCAGCCUGUUGCAUUCUACAUAAUUAUUGUGAAACUGCCAAUGAGGAGUGGGUAGAUGAAGAACCUGCAGAUAAUGUGGAUGACUUUGCGGAUUCAGAGAUUGACCCUCCAGCUAACAAUGGGGAGCAAAUUAGGGAUGCUCUGUGUGCAUACCUGGCACAAUAAUGAUUUUGUAAACGUUAUUUGUUCUUGU